GCUUCUGGGCCUCGGGCACCAGAGACUCUGCUGUUCCACCUGGAUGACAAUGAGCCUCUAAAUACGAGUAUGAUGCUGCCUGCUUGUUAAGUCAAUGAAGGGAAAGCUGACCUGCCUUCCUCCUACAAGAUUUCUAGAGUCAGAAGAGACCUGGCAGAUCAUUGGGUCCGAGCCUUUUAUUUUUUAAUCCUAUGUGAUUUCUCUUUUCAAUCUGUUUAGUCCAUUUUGAUUUAUUGAGAAGAAUUCCUAUCUAGUCCACAAAUGACUAUAACUGCAGAACAUUUGCUGGCUCUCCUUUCCCCCUCUCCACCCCCAGUUAGAAGAUCAAAUUGGAUGGGAGUGAGAGAUGAAAUGAAGAGGGGGAAGAGAACUGCACCUACACUUGCAUAUAUAAUUUCCUAAUAUUGUUGCUCCGGUGUAAGGGCUGUGGUUGCCUAAUGGAUAUAAUGGGAUGUAAUGCCUUUCUAACAACAUUUUGUCCACAAAACAAGAAUGUAUAGGAGCCCCCAGAUUCUGCAUUGCACCCUGUAUGCCCCUUGACACACUUUUGGGAUAUUUAUAGGGACUAUAAUAGCAUUUCUUAUAUCUUAACUAAUGAUGAUGAAGCAGAGAUUCUUUUCUUAAUCACUGGAUCAAAUUCCUUUCUGGUGUAAUGCUAUUGAAAGUUAUUCUUUUCCACAUCUCCUUGACAACCCUGUUUCUUCUAUUUGCUCUUCCAUGAUUAGCCAAUAAGACACUUAUGACAAGUGUUCUGGAUUUUAGACCAUGAUUUAUUUUGUGAGUUUAUUUGAGCAUUCAUUUUCCUUUACUCUUGUCAGAAAUAGUAGAAUGGUAUAUUCUACUUGCUUUCAAGGGCCUGCACAAAUUUAGGGUGUUUAGGGCACAGAAAAUGACAUCCUCAGCUGUUCCCACAACAUUUAAGCUGAAGAAUGUCAUCUAGGAGAAGGAUAAGCACUAAAACAUUGUUUUUGGGUAUGGGUUAAAAUAAAUCAAAACAGCAUAUAGAACAUACUUUUUUGCUGAUAUCAUUUUAGGAGCCCAUACCCUUGACUCCCCAAAAUAAUCCAUAUUCAUCUGGCAACAAAGAUUUUUUUACAUAUAUGGAUUUUUAUGUUUAGUACAAUGUCACCUAUCACGUGAAAGCACAAAUCUACUAAAUAGUAAAAUGAGGGAUUAAUUCCACUCAUCUGUUGACAGACACUUCUCUAAAUUGGAUCAAACUGAUUAAAGGUAUUAGAAUGACGUCUUGCAGAUCCAGAUCAAAUUAUUUGAAACUUCUAGAUUGUUUCUUCUUUGCUUGGAAGGGACCACCAGAAAUAGCUGUAGGUGCUCUUUGCCAAUUAUUUUUAUUAAUGUAUAAGUAACUUGGAAUUUUAGAUAUUACUUGCUCAAACCAUAGGUUAGGGAACUCAAGAUGGACAGACCAAGCAAUGGCUUCCUUAAAAUGAUCUUAUUCAGAGUUUUUUAACUAUCUGGAUGGUUCUUUCUAAAAUUUCUCACAAUCAAGGAAAGGAUUGAUACCGUGUAGUCUUCCAGUAUCCAACAUUACAAAGAUGGCAUUGAUGAAAAUCAAAUUUACCCAGAAGAAGAGAGUAAAACUAGCUCAGGGACUAUGGCUCAUGAACUGGUUUUCAGUGUUUGCAGGAAUCAUUGUUUUUAGCAUGGGAUUGUUCCUCAAAAUUGAGCUCCGGAAGCGAAGCGAAGUGAUGGACAACUCUGAAAGCCAUUUUGUGCCCAAUUCCUUGAUAUUGAUGGGAAUAUUAUCCUGCACCUUCAAUGGCUUUGCUGGCAAAAUUAGCUAUGAUUCUCUGGAUCCCACCAAGUUUGCAAAGUGGAAGCCUUUUCUGAAACCUUAUCUGGCAUUAAGUUUCUUUUUCAACACCCUCAUUUUUCUCACUGCCCUGGUUUGCUUUCUCAUGAGGGGCUCCCUGGAAAGUACACUAACCCAGGGGCUAAAGAAUGGCAUGAAGUUUUACAAGGAUACAGAUACCCCGGGAAGAUGCUUCAUGAAGAAGACAAUUGACAUGCUCCAAAUUGAAUUCAAAUGCUGUGGGAACAAAGGUUUCAAAGACUGGUUUGAGAUUCAGUGGAUCAGCAACAGAUACCUGGACUUCAGUUCUAAAGAAGUGAAAGAUCGAAUUAAAAGCAAUGUGGAUGGAAGAUACUUGGUUGAUGGAGUCCCCUUCAGUUGCUGCAAUCCUAAUUCCCCAAGACCAUGUAUCCAGUACCAGAUCACUAACAACUCAGCUCACUAUAGCUAUGACUAUCAAGCAGAGGAUCUCAACCUCUGGGACACCGGCUGCAAGGAUGCACUUCUGCGCUACUACACCAACAUGAUGAGUUCCAUGGGCAUUGUUGUCCUCUUCGUCUGGAUCUUGGAGGUGACAGUGAUGAUUGGUUUGCGUCUUUUGCACACUGCCCUAGAAAGCAUUGCAAAUCCUGAAGACCCUGAAUGUGAAAGUGAGGGCUGGCUUCUGCAGCAAAGCAUGAAGGAAACUAUCAAGCUCGUGUUGGACACUCUGAAACAGCUUGGUAAGACCAAUCAGGUAGAAGCAGGAGCCGAAGGCGGUGAACCGACUCCAACUGUUGCAACUGUCAGUUGAGCUUCUUGAUUGAUGUGGACUUUCACUGAAGUUAAAUGAAAAACUGAAAAUUGUGAAGAUUUACUUUUAGAAUGUAUGAAACAUCAAAAACACAUUUCUACAUACACCUUUUUAUAUAUGGCGACUGUGACACAUUGUACUUUAGAGUGAUACAUCUAUCCUCAUAGUAAGUACCUGUGAUAUUCAUUACUUCCAUGGGGCAUGAGCCCAGCUGGGUUUUCAGACUCCUACUCACUGGUUAGGGAUUGUUACAUCAAUACAUAACUACAAGCAGUUUGUUAUGCCUCAAACGGAUGUAAAUUAAAAACAAUUAGCUGACAUCAUUUUGUGAUUCUUUCCAUUUCUUUUUCUUGGAAAUAAGAAAAGAAAUUUGAAAAACCUAAUCGUUUUUUUUUAAUUCAGGUUUACAAAGGUAUUCAAACAACAUACCUUGCAUUUUUAAAGUUAAGGCAAUCUGGUUGUUCUUCUGGGGAGUACAAACAUCAGAAACCAAACUGAAGAAAUUGCAGUCAGAAACUUAUAUAAAACUUUUUAACUACUAUUUUAAGAAAUCUAUCCUGAGACAAGAUCUUUGUUAAUAUAUUAAGAGAUGGUAUUUUAUCUUAAAUUCAUAAGAUGCACAUAAUAGAGCAGAAAAAAACUGUACUGAGAAUUUAUGCACUGUGCAAAAAUUGCAGUAUUGUGGAACAGUGCAACUAACAUGACAACAUUAAGGUAAGGUUUGUGCUUACCGUUUCUCAGAUAUUUUCUGCCAAUAUAUCCUGAAUGAGCAUGGUAGAUAGUACACUGGAUCUUAUAUAUAAACAAGCAGAGGGUUGAGGGCUCCUCCUCUCAUGGGCUGAAUCAGUAAUUUGUGCAUCUGUAAUGGUUAUUCUGCAUACACCUGACCAGUUAAAAAAUGUAUGAAACGUUAAGAUAUUUUCUCCAGAGUAUGUGUGAUAACCAGCUCCAAAAACAAGACCAGAAAUAGUACCUUGGAAAUCAACACUUAAAGUACAGGAGUUUUCUAAGUUAUUGGCAAAUCCAUUCAAUUUGUCCACCAGUAGUCUAGCCCUUAGACCCUUGAGGAAAAUAAAUCUUUUCAGACUGGCCCUGAAAAGACUAGCUGGCCAGUUUUCAGUCCUUUGAUUUCCUUAACCAGUAACCACACUGAAGAAAAGCUGCUGAGGGAGACAAGCUAGGGUUCCCCUCUAGGAAUCGUCCAAUUCAUAGAGUCAGAUAUUAUUUGUAGGUGCAUUUUGAACAUACAGCACAUCCUAGAAUUAGUUGGAGGAUCCUCAAGCAGUUAUUUAUUUUAAACUCAAAAAAGUUGGAAUAAAACAUGGACUGAGUUGGCGGUGGUAUUUGGGAUCCUGUAAAGGAAUAGAACUUUAUCUUUGGUAUCUGCACAGCUGCCAGAUAAGCCCAGCUAAAGAAAAGCAAAUGGUAGAGGGCAAAACUUAGCCUAACCCUUAUUGUUAGUAGUACAAUGGCAGAGCUAAAGAUACCAGCUCAACUUUCUAAGGUUUGGGCAUCAACAUUUUAACUAUAUCUGUGCAAAAUUUUACUACUCUCUGCUUUAACUGGGAAUAUUUUCUCAGAACAUCUUUGCAGUCCAGUUGUUGCUGGUUUUCAGAUGCUAUGUCGACAGCUACCUGAUCGCUGUACAGCUAAUUAGUUUUGAUUUUCAAUCAGCUGUUUGUUUUCCCCAGCUGUAUUCCAGAGUCACAGCUACUGUAGCGGUUGUUUAAACUAAUGGACAGCUCCUCUUGUCAUGGGUAAAAGCAGAUAAUAUAACGUGAGAGCUACAGAUAUUCUGUAUGUUGAGCCAUAUCCUACAUUUUAGCAUCCAGACUAUUACAUGAAGGGGGUUUUUUUCUUGUUGUACCUUUCCAUUUCCUCGAACUGAUCUAAACAGGGUUCUUUGCUUUUGGUGUGGAAAAAAAAAUUAAAUUCUCUAUCCCUAACAAGAAGGAAACAGAAUGAGGGUGUUAACAGAAAAGCUCAUUUGCUAAACACUACUGGCUACACAUCUAGCUUUGCUGAAGGAAACUGUGCAUGGCAGAGCUGCACAACGUACACAAACUGCUUUGUUCUCAGUAAGAGAGCUACAUGACCUGCUGCUCCUCUCAGCUGGUCCACUGGCGUGGACAAGCUGUUGACAGGUGUAUCAUAUGUUCAAACCCUUCAGUCAGAAUGGUUUUCAAAGGGGAACCAGAUGGAGAAGAAUUCCGGUACAGGGAGUCCAACCUCUCUGCGUGAGCUGCCACUGUUCUGUCCCCUAUACACACCAUCAAAACUUGGGGGUGGGGGAGGAAAGAUGUAGGUUAACUGCUAAACUAGGUGUUUGGUUUAGCCUAUCACAUAUUUCCUUUACAUGUGGCUCUGUCCCAUUAUCUGUGCUUCCUAUUUUGUUCGCUACAUUGCUUAAGAGACAUAACAAACCAUCGGGGGCUUCUUCCAACACCACGCAGUCAAAAAGCCGAACCCCAAAGCAAUGGCCUCAUUGUGUUAGAUAACCUGACAGACUGUAGAAGACAAAUUUGCGUAAGGACACAAGAAUGGUAGCGUGUUACUGAAACUGGAUCUUGCGCAGAUAAAACAAAUAGUAAAUAUGCUAACAUUGUCUAUGAUGAAGCCUCCCAGUUAAUGAAGGCCUUUGUACUAUCUCAUGGUUAUUACUUGACUGUAAUAUGACAGCUUUGUAUUAUAUAACCUGUAACAUAAAAUGUAUUUGUCCACUCUCAGUCAGAAACAAGAGAAUCUGUAACAUUGUAAAUGCUGUUCUAGACAUAUUCAACUUUGCUGCUUGCAAAUGUAAAUUUAGAUAUUAAAAAGAUAC